CAAACAGCACAGCUGUGUUCUGUUGUUAUUGCUCGCGAGAGGCUUGCGAAGCGCGGAUCCAUUUUAAUCUUGAUUUGAUAGCGCAACAAGUAGUAUGUGGAACCGUGGUCGAAUUGUGAGCCUAAUGCGAACCGUGUCCAGUGGCAGCUGCAGCUGCCCAGCACAUUCGCGACCGGUCGCAAUCAGUCAGCAGACCUCAUGUUCCGCGGAAAAAGAUACCGCGUUCGAGAUGUCAUCCUCAACGAUACGGUACGGGCCGGGAGUGACCCGCGAGCUGGGCCAUGAUUUGCAAAACCUGGGCGCACAGCGCGUCUGCGUGGUGAGCGACCGGAAUGUGCUACAGCUGCCCUCGGUAAAGGUGGGACUCGAUGCGAUCGUCCGUGCCGGCAUCGAGCCGGUAGUGUUCGACGCGGUGCGGGUCGAGCCGACGAACGAAAGCCUGCAGACGGCGAUCGACUUUGCCCGGUCACACCGGUUCGAUGCGUUCGUAGCGAUCGGCGGCGGUUCCGCGAUCGAUACCUGCAAGGUGGCGAACCUGUACAGUGCCGACCGGGAGGCGGAAUUCCUCGACUACGUAAACGCCCCGAUUGGAAGGGCGAAGGAGGUAACGGUCCCGUUGAAGCCGCUGAUUGCCGUUCCAACGACGGCCGGAACCGGUUCGGAAACGACCGGUGUAGCGAUCUUCGACCACAAACCGCUGCACGCCAAGACGGGUAUUUCCAGCAAAGCAUUGCGGCCCAUCCUCGGGCUGGUCGAUCCGCUCCACACUCUGUCCCAGCCGGAAAAGGUGGCCGCCUACUGUGGGUUCGACGUGUUCUGUCACGCGCUGGAAAGUUUCACCGCCAUACCGUACACGGAGCGGGGUCCGGCACCGGCCAACCCGAAGCUACGGCCACCGUACCAGGGCAGCAAUCCGAUUUCGGACGUUUGGGCACGGUUCGCGCUGCAAACGAUUAGCCGGCACUUUCGGCGGGCGGUGUACGCGCCGGACGAUCUGGAGGCACGGUCGCAGGUGCAUCUCGCGUCGACGAUGGCGGGCGUCGGGUUUGGCAAUGCGGGUGUGCAUCUGUGCCACGGGCUGUCCUACCCGAUCGCGGGUCUGGUGAAGCAGUUCAUCCCGGACGGGUACACCGGGGGUCACGCGAUCAUUCCACACGGGCUGUCGGUUGUGAUGACGGCACCGGCAGUGUUUCGCUUUACGGGGGCUAGUUGCCCUGAAAGGCAUCUGGAGGCGGCCGGCAUCUUGGGAGCGGAUGUAGCGAAGAGCCACAGAAAGGAUGCCGGGGCCAUUCUGGCGGACACCGUGCGACGGUACAUGCACGACCUAAAGAUUGAAAAUGGCCUAUCGGCGCUCGGCUUCAAUUACUCCGACAUACCGGCACUGGUCAAAGGGACGCUGCCGCAGGAACGCAUCACAAAGCUAGCACCGCGCGCCCAGUCGGAGGAAGAUCUGGCCGGUCUGUUCGAACAGUCGCUCACCGUGUACUAGGAGAAGUCGGGAAUCUUCGCGCCGGGUGUCACGAGUUCAUAUUUCCUUGCUCCCCCCCUCCUACAUGAUUCACAUGCGUGCAGCCGUUUGAUGCAGGGUACCGUUUCACCUCGUUUCAAGACCCGUUUCAUGAAUGAUUUUUGCGGCACGCGUUUGCUUGCGUGCGGCGCACAGGGGGGGGUGCUAAAAUGUUUACGUGAAAAAAAGUACUCACGCGUCAUACUUCUUGGAUCAGCAUUCACUUCACGGGUAAUGAUGAUACGUACGAGUGCGCGCUCACACACAGCUAAUGAUCGCUCAUCAUCCCGCGUUUCAUUGCCUGCGGGCGGCAGUGUGUUUUGUUUACUUAAGGAUGCGGCCGAACGAACGGACCUGGCGAGAAGAUUUACACGCACGCUGGUCCGAAUUUUACCACCCCUCCCCGCAGUAUGGUGAUCGCACAACAUCACCAUAUGUAUUUAACUCUCGGGCCAGGUUAGGCACGCAGGUACCGCCGUUGUCCGUCCGUGGCAUCGACAAGUUUCAGCAUUACUGAACCCGUUUUGAGACACAGGCACGGAAAAGGUUACAUUAGGACAGGCCGCAGAACGGUCUAAACAUCGAUUGCAUGCCAAACGGGUACAGCAGGGUGGUAGGUUAUCGGUACGGGGUACACAUAAGCAGCAGAACAGAAGCUACUUACAAGCGUAUUGGAUUUUAUGGGCAAGACAAUGUAAGGGCGUCCAUUUUUCAGGCGAUCGCGCAAUAUCUUAGAAUAUCUAAAGGCAACAUUUUUACACUUUUGUUUCCAUUCCAACGUCGAACGUGCUUCUUCGAUCGUGUAGCAGUGCUAGGAAGAACAAAUCUGUAUUGGACUAACUGGUGUUUUUCCCGUCAACAAAAUACUUUGCUCAACAAAGCACAGCUGUGUGACACCAUUAGGACACAUGUUGUUUAAUAAACACCAAAUCUUUGGAAGGAAAAGU